GUUGGGAUGCCCCCGAGGGUAUUUGCACCCUCCUCUUCCCCCCCUUACCCCCCACCCCGAUCAAAUGGAGGUGCUCUUAAUAUGAAGGAUCGAAAAAUAAAUUAAAGGAGCUGAGAACUAUAACGUGGCAAAUCGCAGCGUUGCAGUGUAAACCAUUGAAAAAUUGCUCUCUCUUUGGGUACUGGCAGUAGGGUUUUACCAAUUCUUCUUAAUUUCAAAUCUCGCAGAUAUUUCAAUUAAUUCCAUUUCGUUGGGGUUUUGUUUUUUUCCUCCAUUUUCCGUUUUUCAGCAGAAACUCAAUAGAAAUGUUGCCGAGGUGGAGCAGAGUUUUGAGCCGAAUUAGCAGGGUUGGCAGUUACCAGAGGAAUACUGAACUCUUGAGGAGAGAUUUGUCUGUUUUUCCAUUGCGGAAUUAUGCUACGGUGGCUCCUGCCGUCGAGCCGGAUGUUAAUUCCGACGCUAAUAAACCAGUGGUUAACCUGAACAAGAUGUUCUGGUCGAAACCAUGUUCGUUGGCGUUGGCAAUUGAUUCGCCGAAUAGAAUUGACGAUCCACAGUACACGGGCGUGAAACGGGUUAUACUGAAGCUGAUGCUAUUCUACAGCAAACAAAGCCAGUUUAUUCGUUGGUCUAAUGCCAUUUACCACAGAGUAACGUAUCAAAUCGAUAGACCUGCUAUAUAUGAAGCGUUUAGCUUGGAAAAGACAUUUAAAACGACAUUUUCGUUGCUUGUACUACAUAUGUGGCUUUGUCUGCGUCGUUUAAAGGAAGAGGGAAAGGAAGGUGUUGAGUUGGGGCAGUAUUUAUACGAGACGUACAAUCAUGAUCUGGAAUUGAGGGUUUCUAAGGCUGGGGUGAAUUUACUGCUAACUAAAUGGAUGAAAGAAUUGGAGAAGAUAUUUUAUGGAAAUAUUGUUGCUUACGAUGCUGCCAUCGGGAAACAGGAGGACCUGCAAACUGUUAUAUGGAGGAAUGUGUUCUCCGACGAUGGUACAUCGAAACCAACCGAAAGUGCCUUACUUCCUGUCCAGGCAAUGGCGAGGUAUAUUCGUCGUGAAGCAAGUUGUCUCUCGUUAACAGAUAAAGAGGCCAUAUUAUCGGGCAACUUCAUGUUCACACCAUUGGAGGAAACAGAUUCCGAAACAACGAGAAAGUAGUGCAGACGCCGGGAUUGGUCAAUGAUUUUAGCAAAACUACACCACAGAUUGCAAUUUAGCAUUGGAGGAUUCACGUCUUUUUGCCAAACAAAUACAAGUGGAUCUAAAUAAUGUAAAUUCCAGGAAGUGAAUACUGGAAAUGCUUUUACGACUUCACUUAUUCUGAUGUCGACGACACAUAUUGGCUUUAAGUUUUUUUUAAUAUAUAUCUGUUGGGAGGUGUGGUCUGAAAAUGUAGUUUCAAUCUUGCUGCUGAUCUUUAAACAUAGAUGUAAUGAGCCAUAAUCUUCCAAAAAUCGAGUUUUGGACUCAACGUUCUUGUAAUGCAUCACAGCUUAUUUGUUCU